UCCCUUCGUCGUCCUGCUCUUCUUCCCGGCAGCCCUAGCGCCUUUCUCGGCGCUCCUCAAGAUGGCGGCCGACAGUGAGCCCGAGUCCGAGGUAUUUGAGAUCACGGACUUCACUACUGCUUCGGAAUGGGAAAGGUUUAUUUCCAAAGUUGAAGAAGUCUUAAAUGAUUGGAAGCUGAUUGGAAACUCUUUGGGAAAGCCACUUGAAAAGGGUAUAUUUACUUCUGGCACAUGGGAAGAGAAAUCAGAUGAAAUUUCCUUUGCCGACUUCAAGUUCUCAGUCACUCAUCAUUAUCUUGUACAAGACUCCACUGAUAAAGAAGGAAAGGAUGAAGUAUUGGAAGAUGUUAUUCCACAAUCUAUGCAAGAUUUGUUGUGUAUGAAUAAUGAUUUUCCUCCAAGAGCACAUUGCCUGGUAAGAUGGUAUGGACUGCGGGAGUUUGUGGUGAUUGCCCCUGCUGCAAACCAUGAUGCAGUUCUCAGUGAAUCUAAGUGCAAUCUUCUUCUAAGUUCUGUGUCUAUUGCUUUGGGAAACACUGGCUGCCAGGUGCCACUCUUUGUGCAAAUUCAUCACAAAUGGCGAAGAAUGUAUGUGGGAGAAUGUCAGGGUCAUGGUGUCCGAACUGAUUUUGAAAUGGUUCAUCUUCGGAAAGUGCCAAAUCAGUACACUCAUUUAUCAGGUCUGCUGGAUAUCUUCAAAUCAAAGAUUGGAUGUCCUUUAACUCCUUUGCCUCCAGUUAGUAUUGCUAUUCGCUUUACGUAUGUACUUCAGGAUUGGCAGCAGUAUUUUUGGCCUCAGCAACCUCCAGAUAUAGAUGCCCUUGUAGGAGGAGAAGUUGGGGGCCUGGAGUUUGGCAAAUUACCAUUUGGUGCCUGUGAAGAUCCUAUAAGUGAACUCCAUUUAGCAACUACAUGGCCUCACCUGACGGAAGGUAUCAUUGUGGAUAAUGAUGUUUAUUCUGAUUUGGAUCCUAUUCAGGCUCCCCAUUGGUCUGUAAGAGUUCGAAAAGCUGAAAAUCCUCAGUGUUUGCUGGGUGAUUUUGUCACUGAAUUCUUUAAAAUUUGCCGUCGAAAGGAGUCAACUGAUGAAAUUCUUGGACGAUCCACAUUUGAGGAAGAAGGGAGAGAAAUUGCUGAUAUAACUCAUGCUUUGUCAAAGUUGACAGAGCCAGCACCGGUUCCAAUUCAUAAAUUAUCAGUUUCCAAUAUGGUACACAGUGCAAAGAAGAAAAUACGAAAACACAGAGGUGUAGAAGAGUCACCACUGAAUAAUGAUGUCCUCAAUACUAUUCUCUUGGUUUUGUCUAAUACUUUUUUGGUAUUAGAUGAUAUAGAUAUAACUCAUGCUUUGUCAAAGUUGACAGAGCCAGCACCGGUUCCAGUUCAUAAAUUACCAGUUUCCAAUAUGGUACACAGUGCAAAGAAGAAAAUACGAAAACACAGAGGUGUAGAAGAGUCACCACUGAAUAAUGAUGUCCUCAAUACUAUUCUCUUGUUCUUAUUCCCUGAUGCUGCUUCUGAGAAACCAUUAGAUGGAAGUUCUUCCACAGACAACAAUAAUCCUGUAUCAGAGAGUGAAGGUUAUAAUCUCUACAAUCAGUUCAAAUCUGCACCAUCUGACAGUUUAACAUACAAAUUGGCUUUGUGUCUUUGUAUGAUCAAUUUCUACCAUGGAGGAUUAAAAGGAGUGGCACAUCUCUGGCAGGAAUUUGUUCUUGAAAUGCGUUUCAGAUGGGAAAACAACUUUCUGAUUCCAGGAUUAGCCAGUGGACCCCCAGAUCUAAGAUGUUGUUUACUACAUCAGAAACUACAGAUGUUAAAUUGUUGUAUUGAAAGAAAGAAGGCCCGUGAUGAGGGGAGAAAGACAAAUACUUCAGAUAUGUAUCCAGGGGAUGCUGGAAGAGCUGGAGACCAGCUGGGGCCAGAUAAUCUAAAAGAUAUGGAUAAGGAAAAGGGAGACGUAGGAAAAUCUUGGGAUUCUUGGAGUGACAGUGAAGAAGAAUUUUUUGAAUGCCUAAGUGAUACUGAAGAACUCAAGGGAAACGGACAAGAGAGUAGCAAGAAAGGAGGACCUAAGGAGAUGACAAGCUUAAAACCAGAGGGACGACUGUAUCAGCAUGGAAAACUCACACUGCUACAUAAUGGAGAACCUCUCUACAUUCCAGUGACCCAGGAACCAGCGCCUAUGACAGAAGAUCUGCUAGAAGAGCAGUCGGAGGUUCUAGCUAAAUUAGGUACAUCAGCAGAAGGGGCUCACCUCCGAGCACGCAUGCAGAGUGCCUGUCUGCUUUCAGAUAUGGAAUCUUUUAAGGCAGCUAAUCCAGGUUGUUUUCUGGAAGAUUUUGUGAGGUGGUAUUCACCCCGGGAUUAUAUUGAAGAGGAGGUCAUUGACGAAAAGGGCAACAUGGUUCUGAAAGGAGAACUGAGUGCCCGAAUGAAGAUUCCAAGCAAUAUGUGGGUAGAAGCCUGGGAAACAGCUAAGCCAAUUCCUGCUAGAAGGCAAAGGAGACUUUUUGAUGAUACACGGGAAGCAGAAAAGGUGUUGCACUAUCUGGCGGUACAGAAACCCGCAGACCUUGCUCGGCACCUGUUACCUUGUGUAAUUCAUGCAGCUGUACUCAAGGUAAAGGAAGAAGAAAAUCUGGAAAACAUUUCUUCAGUCAAGAAGAUUAUAAAGCAGAUAAUAACCCAUUCCAGUAAAGUUUUGCACUUCCCCAAUCCAGAAGACAAGAAAUUGGAAGAAAUCAUCCAUCAAAUUACUAAUGUAGAAGCUAUAAUUGCCAGAGCCCGCUCACUGAAAGCCAAGUUUGGAACUGAGAAAUGUGAACAAGAGGAGGAGAAAGAAGAUCUUGAAAGGUUUGUGAGUUGCCUCUUGGAGCAGCCUGAAGUGUUAGUCGUGGGCGCAGGAAGAGGCCAUGCUGGCAGAAUCAUUCACAAGCUGUUCGUGAAUGCUCACAGGGCUGCAGCCAUGGCUCCACCGGAGGAGGAACUGAAGAGAAUGGGCUCUCCAGAAGAGAGAAGGCAGAACUCCGUGUCAGACUUCCCACCCCCUGCUGGCCGGGAACUCAUUUUGCGCACCACCGUGCCACGCCCGGCUCCGUACUCCCGAGCUCUGCCUCAGCGCAUGUACAGUGUUCUCACCAAAGAGGAUUUCAGACUUGCAGGUGCCUUUUCAUCAGAUACCUCCUUCUUCUAAUUCUUCUAGAGCCACCUCAUUUAUGGCUUCAGAGACCAUGCUGACCCCUUCUGAAGGAGGGAGGUUGUGCCAGUCAGAACUUGAAGGAGGCUGUGAAGAGGACCUGUCCAGUCCAAUGAUCAGGAAUCAUACCAGCAUCUGAAAGACUUCCCAGCACCAUGCUUGGGCUCCGUUGUAUCUUGGUUGGGUCAGAGAGAAUGGGCUUGAGCUGUUGAAAGAUUUGUUUCUCCAAAGAAAUGGCCCUUGUUUGACCAGGGGUCAGGGGCAGGAGGUGGGGAGAUGUGCAGGGACCAGAAGAACAGCAGGAGCUCUCUGUACUCACUCCAGUGGGAUUGUGCUCAUUUAUUCUUUCCUGUGACUAUCCCUUAGGCUAUUGCCUUGCAUUCAUAGUCUGUGUAAACACACUUGUUAUAUUUGUUGGUAUCAGGUAUGCAAGACAGAAUGUCUGUUAAUUGAGUUUCUGGAUAUUUUGGUGGUAGCUUCUUUUCCCAGAAUCUGUGUUUUUGAAAUACUAAAUGACAUUCUGUUUAUUCAGUCAUCUACUGGCCAUCUUGAUUGUACUAAUUAACUUUUGAUGAGUAUUUUGAAUAUUCUAGGAGAAAACUUAGAAUUUCACAUAGUUUAUGUGUUUUUCCAUAUAACUAUGAUCUAAAUGUAUUCCUUCUGAUAAAACUAUAUAUUAAAUGUCACUGCAAAUUAGUUUUGUAUCUUAUCUUGUAAGGUUUGUUUCUCUUAUUUUGUUUUUGGUUGCCAGUAAGACAUCACCCUGCAAACCGUUCUCUCCUGCUGUACAGCAUGCAUUCCUUUUUUUGUGAUUGCUGGCGAGAUACUAUAUUUAAUGGGGUAGAGAUGAGCACAUGCUACAAAUAUAGCUUUGGAACAUAGAGAUCAUGCACUUAGUAUAAUUUGGUGUAUGUGCUAAUGUAAUGAAUACAAGAUUAUUUCAGUGAACUAUUUUGCUUUUGUGUUUUAGCUAAAAUGAAAAUAAUUGUUGCAGAUAUAUAGCACCCAGCAUAAGGAUAAUAGCAUAUUUCUAGUUAUAUGGUGAUCAAGAUUUAUUAAGUCUGUGUUGCUAUAUGGCCUCUCUUCAGUAAUCUGAAGUCUAUUUUUAGGCCUAAAAUUCUCAUUUUAAUCCAAAGCAAAAAAUGGUUAUACUGAAGCAUAGACCUUGCCUCUGUAAUUUAAAGAAUUAAAAGAGCUGUGUAAACCCUAUUAUAUUAUUUUUGUAAAAAAAAAAAAGUGUGUGUGUACAUAUAUAUGUAUACAUGUGUAUAUGAAGUAGGGGAGCCCUGGUUGGUGACCUCCCAGCCUUCACAGUGCUUCUCUCUGAGAUGCUGGACUUGAUUGCUGAUGGUAAACCAUACAGAUGCAGGCCUGAGUGCUGAGCGCUGUACCAAGUAGAAAAUGUAUCCUUCAAGGACAGGAUUUGUCUGCUUUCCAGUGAGGAAGUUAAUAGCAAAGAAACGUUUUUCAGAGAGAAGUUGGACUUAAAAACAGCAUUGUGAGUCUAAUAAAAAGGAAAGUCUUGCUUUC